AUGGCCUCUACGAAGGCCGCUCUGAAGGCGGUCAAAUCGUCUCUUGAUGGUGGCCAGUUCGCGAAAGCCGUGGAGCAAGCAGAAGACUUGCUGAAACAAGAUGACCAAAAUCAUACCGCAUGUCUCUUCCUUGGCUUCGCACGAGAAAAGCUCGGGGACUUGGAGGGUGCAGAGAAGGCUCUCCUCAGAGGCGCCGCUGUCAGGCCAGAAGACGUUCAGGCCUACAAGGGCCUAGUGACCUUGUACGAGAAGCAAGGAAGCGCCAAGCUGGAUCAGUACCACGACGCAGCCUUCAAGCUGGCAGAAAUCUAUGCGCAUGCGGAAGACAAGGCACAAUGCCAAAAUGUCAUCGACAAGUACGAAUUGUUCGCGAAGAAGCACGGAAGCCGGGCACAAUACCGACGCGCGCUGGAGCUCAUUCUCCCAACGUCAAGCCUUUACCCAAUCCUGGAAGGACGGGUUCUACAACCGAGUCUGACAUAUCUGCGCAUCCUGGAGUCGGCAGAGGCGGAAGAGAGGGAGUGGAUAAACACACAAAUUGGGGAGCGAAGAACACGCCUCGGCGCGAAGAUCGACCAAGUCACCCGCCAAGUCAAGUGCGAAGCCAUCAGCAAGUUCCAGAUCGAAGAGAAAUAUGCCGCCCUCAUUGACUGGACCCGUGAUGACGAUGCUCGCCAUGACCUCGAGCAGAAGCUGUUGCAGCGCACCUACGACAAUCUGCUCGUCUUGCCGCAGGAUGCCAAAGCCAGCCAGCGCGACAAGAUAUUGAACAUGGCUAAUGGCAUGGUCAUCAUCAAACAUCUCUUCCCAUUGGCUUGGAAGAUCGCGUUGGGAUGGGUAGAUGCUGAAGACCUACAAGAAUGGGACGUCAACAUCUUUCGCGAGUACAUCAGCUAUUUCCCUGAUGAUGGCCUGAGUAAAGUACUUCGAGGUUUCCUCGACAGCAACGCCUCCCCAUUUCCACACCCGGAAUAUGAAGAGAAGGAAGGGGAAGACACGCCACAAAGACUGAGUGAAGCUGAUCAACUCAUCCUGAUGACCGAGGGCCUCGAAGACUGUCCAGACUCGCUCCUCGGUCAACGGAUCAUGGCACACGUGUACCUGCAUCUGAAGGAAUGGCAAGGUACUGUUGACGCGGCCCGGAAAGCUCAGAAGCUUCACUUGGAUGCUCAACAACGUUACGCCAUCAACCUCGAGAACAGCCUCGACGGCGUCAACCUCAUUCUCGCCAACGCUCUCAUCACCUUCCAGUCGCCUCGCUAUCACCCUGAAGCCAAGGACCUUUUCCUAGCCAUCCUUGACCGCAAACCCAAGCUAACCCCGGCUUUACUGGGCGUAGGCCUGAUCUACGAAGAAGAUGAAGAUUAUGCAGAAGCUGUCAAGUUCUUCGACCAAGCGGCAGAGCGCGAUCCUGCUAAUAUCAGGAUCAAGCUCGAACUGGCCUGGUGUCGAGCCCACAACGGCCAACUUGAACAGGGCCUUGACGAACUGAAAGCCAUUUUGUCGGUUCUUGAAGCCGAAAAGCCGCAAAACCAGGACUUUCCUAUGAAAUCAGUCACGCUCUAUCGAAUUGCCUACAGCCACUGGCAAGUCCACCCAUCCGCGUCGGCUCGAAAGGACAAGUCGGGAGCGUACCAAUACCUCAUUGCCUCUAUCAAAGCGAACCCUAGCUAUGCUCCUGCAUACACCCUGCUGGGCGUCUACUUCCAGGAUUACGGCAAAUCCAAAGCUCGCGCACGGGUCGCCCUGCAGAAGGCAUUUGAACUCUCCACCUCUGAACUCGAGGCCGCACAUCGAUUGGCACGGGCCUUCGCGGAGAGCUGCGAAUGGGAUUUGGUUGAACUCGUGGCGCAGCGCGUUGUAAACUCGGGAAAGGCACGUCCGGCCCCUGGGAGUAAGAAAAAGCCACAUAGCUGGCCAUACGCCGCACUCGGUGUCGUCCAGACGAACAAGCAGCAUUACUCACAAGCCAUUGUUUCCUUUCAACAUGCGUUGAGAAUAUCCCCGGACGACUAUUACUCCUGGGUGGGGUUGGGCGAGAGCUAUCACAAUGCAGGUAGGCAUAUUGCUGCUACGCGGGCGUUCGCCAGAGCCGAGAGUAUCCAGCAUGGCUUGCCGGCCGAGGAGACCUGGUUUGCGAAGUACAUGCUCGCAAACGUCCAGAGGGAGAUGGGCGCCUUCGAUGAGGCUAUCACUGCAUACAAUGAUGUGCUUAACCUCAAACCGGGCGAGUUUGGCGUGCUGAUUGCACUCUUACAGACGAUUUCAGAAAGCGCCGGGGCGAAAGUUGCGUUGGGCAUGUUUGGAGAGGCUGCGAACCUUGCGGCGAACGCGAUUGAAGUGGCUGUGCAGAUUUCGAAACAACGAACAGACGUGUUCAACCUGUGGAAGUCUGUCGGCGAUGCAUGCUCCGUACUCGGCCACGUCAAGUUGUACGCCAGAACUGCCAAUAUGAGUGCAGUUCUGGAACUGUUACUGACACCGCCAUACUGCGAGGUCAGCAAUCUCUCCGAGAGCGACAAGGUUGAGGUGGACUCGAUCGCGUCUGUUGAGGCGGAAAGUGCUUCAGACAAAGCCGACCAAUAUCUCCUCGCCGCCAUACUAGCACACAGGCGGGCCAUUCACGCCUCGGCAGCUGACCAGCACGCCCAAGCAGUCGCAUGGUAUAACCUGGGCUGGGCUGAACACCAAGCCUACAUCUCUGGGGGUGCGUCUCUGAGUAGCGGAGGCAAUAAACCACGUCGCUUCCUCAAAGCGGCCAUGAAAUGCUUCAAACGAGCCAUUGAGCUCGAAGCAGGCAACUCGGAGUUCUGGAACGCACUGGGAGUGGUCACCAUGACGCUCUCCCCGAAGGUCUCGCAGCAUUCGUUCGUGCGUAGUCUUCAUUUGAAUGACCAUAGCGCACGCACCUGGACGAACUUGGGUGUGCUGUAUCUGGUCAACAACGACCAUCAACUCGCCAACGAGGCGUUCACGCGAGCACAGUCUGAAGAUCCCGAGUACGCGGACGCAUGGAUCGGUCAGGGACUGUUGGCGACACUGUUCGGAAGCCUUGGGGAAGCAAGAGGACUAUUCACGCAUGCCUUUGAGAUCGCGGACUCGUCUAUCUUGCUGGCGAAACGCCACUAUGCGCUCUCGGCGUUCGAGCAUGUCUCGAGCCAUCCAUCGACGUCGCAGGAAGUGGGUGCCCUGUUGAGGCCACUCUUCGCCCUGCGCCAAUUCCACGCCCAGGAGCCUGCAGAUAUGAUUGCGACUCAUCUCAUGGCAUUGUUUGCUGAGCGAGUCGGCGAUCAUGACACAAGUGCCGAUGCCCUGCAAGAAGUCUGCGAUGCCGCCGAAGCCGAGUACAAGAAGACCAAGUCGAGUGAAUAUCUCGUCAGAUUCGCACAAGCCAAAGCAGAUCUUGCUCGCGCGCAGCUGGCAUGCGGGAAAUACGCCGAAGCGGUGUCAAACGCAGAGACAGCCAUCGAUCUCUCGGGCGAAGCGGAUGACCUUGGCCCAGCGUAUGCUUAUAUCCGGCGCAAAUGGCGGCUUUCAGCACAUAUCACGGCUGGCCUGGCACACAGUCACCUCAAGCAGAUCGAAAGCUCUGUCAAGAUGUUCGAAGUAGCCAUGCACGAGUCCAACAGAGAACCGGAUGUCGUAUGCAUGCUCGCCCAGGUGUUAUGGGCCAAAGGGGGAGAGGCAGAAAAGGACGCGGCGCGAACGCACCUCUUCAGUGUGAUUGAGGACCACCCGAAACAUGUCCAGGCCGCUGCUCUGCUGGCAGUCGUUGGUCUAAUGGAUAACGACGAAGAUGUGCUAGAAGCCGUGGAAGACGAUCUCAAGGGCCUGAGACGAGACGAAGAGGUCAGUGUGCUCGACAAGAUCCGAGUCAGCAAAGUCCUCGCAGGCCUCGUUGGAUGUCGACCACGACAAGCAGGUGCGGAUGAGAUCGAUCAGGUGGCCAUGGCUGCGGAUGCUCUUAAUGGGAUCAUGCUCGCACCGGGGCAACCGCAGGGCUGGCUCGAACUGGCGCAGGCUGUCGGGAGCCAUGAGGCUAUCUAUGCGGCGGAGACGGCAGUUCUGAACGCCGAAAGACAGAUUCCUCCCGGUGGAGAUCUAACGGCUGAAGAUCUGGCUCGAGCGUACGAAGGAACGGGUCAGACAGAAGAUAUCGUCAAGGCGAAGAUGCUGGCGCCUUGGAGAGUUGAGCUUGCGUUGGAGGUUUCGUGA